GACAGCACUAACGUUUACUUUCGAAACGGCUGUAAUACAGUAGUGUUUCAAUUUCUACUUCACAAAUAAUCAACACGGGUAAAUAGAGUUGAAACGGUAAACAACAAACGACAGUCAAGGCAAAUCAAGAUCUCGAGGUUAAAGACUUCAAGAAGAAAGAACUCAACCAGAGACAGAAAAAAACAGGAAAGAAAACGAAAAGGAAAAAGAAAAGGAAAGAUUAGAAAUGACUCCGAUCAACUCAAGAAACACUUCGACUAGAAGGUCAUUACCAUUUCCAAGCAACAACCAAUCCACUACCAUCAUCAAACCCAGCUCAACAAGCAACUCAUCAUUAUCAAAAUCGAUCACUUCUUCACUUUCCAAAUCAACUUCAACUCCAAUACCGACUACUUCAUCAUCAUCAUCAUCACAAUCAAAACUAAAUCAAUCUCGUAGACAAUCUGUUAUUCCUCAACUUAAUCGACCAAUCUCAAUCACUACUACAGCUCUUAACACUAAUCGUAAUAAUAAUCAAUCUAGUACUAACAACAAUCGAACUCCUACUUUACCUCGAUCACGUAAUGUUUCUCUCAAUUUACCUCAAUCGAAUCUCAACAAUUUAAGUAAUACUAGCAAUCAAAAUAAUAAUAAUAAUAAUGUAGCACCUCUUAAGAGAUCACCAUUGAAUCGUAACACUAUAGCUAAUUUUACACCACUUUCAUCUGAAAGAUCUAGAACGUUCACUACUCCUGCUACUACUCCAUCACCUCAAGUGAUCAAUCGUAAUCUAUUACCAGAAUCAUCAACUAAACCUGAAGAUAUCGAAACAGAAGUACCAGAUGAUGAAGAAGAAAUAGAUGAAGAAGUUGAGUCACUCUUGUUUCCUGCCUACAUUUUCCCCAAACCCAAAAAAUGA